AUGGUGACGGUUGAGGAACUGCUCUUGGAAACCCUGCAGAGGCUGGGACAGGAAGAUGUUAAGGCCUUCAGGUGGCGCCUGCACCUGCUGGAGAUCUACAGCGGCUUCACCCAGAUCCCGCGGUACAAGCUGGAGGAGGCGGACCGGAUGGAAACAGCGUCACACGGAUCCCAGCUGACCUGGCGAGGGCGACCCCGGGCAGGGAGGUCGCUGGAGUUCACCCUGAAGAAAGGUCACCGACCUCUGACUCACCCAAACCAGCAGCAGGAGGUCGUCCAGAUCGUUCAGGGGCAACUUUCAAUUCAUGGUCCGAGCGCUCGGGGACCUGAUGGUCGGUUAGAGGCCAAAGGUCAAAGGGAUUCUUCUUGGCUGCUGAACUCAGGAGGUCCUCGGCGCCGGGAGAGACCCCCUGGCUGGCAGGAGCCCAGAACCUGCUCCUGGACUCCACCAGAACCUGCUCCUGGACUUCACCAGAACCUACUCCUGGACUCCACCAGAACCUGCUCCUGGACUCCACCAGAACCUGCUCCUGGACUCCACCAGAACCUGCUCCUGGACUCCACCAGAACCUGCUCCUGGACUCCACCAGAACCUGCUCCUGGACUCCACCAGAACCUGCUCCUGGACUCCACCAGGACCCGUCAGCUCUGGCGCCGAUGGGUCGGAGCGUCUCUGGAGCUCCUCCUCCCGCUCGUCCCCCUGCGGCCUCUCGUCUUCUACUACUUCCUGUCUUGCGCGGCAGCGACGGCCAGUUUGCCUGGGAUCGAGUACGGCUACGGCAUGAGCCCCAAGUUUGUUUGCACCCCGAUUCCGCCAGAAGCCGACCCCAGCUGCUACUCGCCGCCCGGCGUGCCCCACGGACCCAGCACCAACGGCCACACCAACGGGCACGGCGGCGGCGGCGGCCCGUGGCGAGGGAUGAUGUCAGACGAGGCCAAGGCCACCAUCUUACAUCUGAGGGAAAGCCUGGUGAGGCAGAAGGAGACGAUCCUGGACCAGCGGGAGACCAUCAGGGAGCUGACCGCCAAGCUCACCUUGUGCGAGGGCUUCGGGGGUCACCACAGCGGGGGUCACCACGACACCCGCCACCACAGUAACCACGACAACCACCACGACACCCACCACGACACCCAUCACGACACCAAUCACGACAAUCACCGCGACAACCACCACGAAGGCGACCACGAUGAGCACCGCGGGAACCACGGCAGCCACCACUCGUCCACGCCGCACCACGCCCCCCCGUCGUACCACGGCAGCGACCACCACUACUCCCACGGCAGCCACCGGCCGGACCCCCACCACCGGAAGGGCCCCCCCAGCUCCUUCUCCCCCGAGCAGACGGGCAAGACGCUGCAGACGCUGAAGGAGCGACUGGAGAACCUGCAGGCGAGGAACUCGUCCAGCUCGUACUCCAGCUCCCUGAGAGAGCUGCUGCAGAGGAAGAUCACCGCCCUGGAGGAGCACUACGACCACCACUACGACUCGCACCGCGGGCGCCAUCACAGCCGCUAUGACAGCCGUCGCGGCGACCACCAUGAUGACCACCACGAUGACCACCACGGCGACCAUCACAACGAUCACCACGACGACCAUCACAACGACCAUCACGGCGACCAUCACGACGACCACCAUGACGACCACCAUGGCGACCACCACGACGACCACCAUGACGACCACCAUGACGACCACCAUGACGACCACCACGACUACCACCACGAACCCGGCCACCCCGAUGACCACCACGACGAUCAUCACGACAAGCUCCGCGGCAACACCCACCACGACAGUCGCCACGACAGCGACCAUCACCCUCGCCGCCUGCCGUUCAGCAGCAAAGAGACGGGUCUGCGCGGCGCCGGCCACAGCAAGCUGGAGGCGGUGCUCGGCCAGAUCCACCACGGCCCGAGCGACCACAAGAAGCUGAAGAGCCCAAGCGCCUUCCGCCUGGAGUUCCCCAUGAGGACCAACUACAUGUACGCAAGGAUGAAGCGCGCCGUGGUCAACGAGGUCUUCGCCCUGACCAUCUGCCUGUGGCUGAAGGCGGGGGCGGGACCGGGCCUCGGCACGCCGUUCUCCUACGCCGUGCCGGGACAGGCUAACGAGCUGGUGCUCAUCGAGUGGGGGAGCAACCCGAUGGAGCUGCUCGUCAACGACAAGGCGGUGACGCUGCCCGUGACCAUGACGGACGGGAAGUGGCAUCACGUGUGCGUGGCGUGGUCGACCCGUGAGGGAACCUGGGAGGCGUACCAGGACGGCGUGAAGAAAGGCUCCGGUCAGAACCUGUCGGCGUGGCACUCCAUCAGACCGGGAGGCGUCUUCAUCGUGGGACAGGAGCAGGACACGGUGGGCGGACGCUUCGACGUCACCCAGUCCUUCAUGGGCGAAGUGUCCGAUCUGCAGUUCUGGUCCCGGGUCCUGACGCCCGGUGAGAUCCAGAGCCAGGCGACCUGCGUGGGCCACCUGGUCGGGGACGUGAUGUCCUGGUCCGAGGAGUCGGUGGAGCUGCACGGGGGGCUCACCGAGCUGCCGUUCGAACCCUGCCACUAG